GAGGGAAGCUGAGGGCAGAGGAAGGGAGAGGGGCCGACAGACAGUAGAGGGAGGGGACAGAGGAGCGGAAAGACUCCAGAAAGAGAGAGAAAGGGUUGCCGCUGCUGCUGCUGCUGCUGCCUGCCCCUGGAGGAAGUGAUUUUAGGAGGGGGCCUCGCGGCGGGAGGAAGCAGGCAGACUCAACGGCGGCUCCAUGGCUCAGUCGGCUGCGAACGGCGUGGACCAGGACCUGGCCAGCAAGAGGCUGCACUCCAGGAUGGAGGCCUCUUGCUUGGAACUGGCGUUGGAAGGCGAGCGGCUCUGCAAGGCUGGGGAUUUCAAAGGGGGAACAGCGUUUUUCGAAGCAGCCGUGCAAGUCGGCACAGAAGACUUGAAGACCCUCAGUGCCAUCUACAGCCAGCUGGGCAACGCUUACUUCUACCUCAAGGAGUAUGGCAAAGCUCUGGAAUACCACAAGCAUGACCUUACCUUGGCCAGAACAAUAGGAGACAGAAUCGGAGAAGGAAAAGCCAGCGGUAACCUUGGUAACACGUUAAAAGUACUGGGACGCUUUGAUGAAGCAGUCGUCUGCUGCCAGAGACAUCUGGAUAUUUCUCAAGAGCAGGGAGACAAGGUUGGAGAAGCCAGAGCUCUGUAUAAUAUAGGGAACGUGUUUCAUGCAAAAGGAAAGCAGCAGUUGUGGGGCUGCACGCAGGAACCAGGGGACCUCCCGCCUGAUGUCAGAGACACGCUGCAACGGGCCACUGGAUUUUACGAGAUGAACUUGUGUUUGGUCAAAGAGCUUGGUGACAGAGCCGCACAGGGGAGGGCCUAUGGUAACCUGGGCAAUACCCACUACCUGCUGGGUAACUUUGUGGAAGCGAUCAAGUUUCACCGCCAACGAUUAUCCAUUGCCAAAGAAUUUGGGGACAAAGCAGCUGAACGGCGAGCCUACAGUAAUCUCGGCAAUGCCCACAUAUUUCUGGGGCAGUUCAACAAGGCCACGGAGAACUACAGGAAAACUCUGCAGCUCUCCAGGCAGCUGCGGGACCAGGUGAUGGAGGCUCAGGCCUGCUACAGCCUUGGAAACACCUACACUCUUUUGCAACAGUACGAGCGUGCCAUAGACUACCACCUGAAACACCUCUACAUCGCCCAGGAGCUCACGGACAGGGUGGGUGAAGGUCGAGCCUGCUGGAGUUUGGGAAAUGCGUAUGUGUCUUUAGGGAACAAUAAACAAGCCCUCCACUAUGCCCGAAAACACCUCGAUAUCUCCAAAGAAAUUGGAGACAGAAAUGGGGAACUGACAGCCAGAAUGAAUGUGGAGCAGCUGAUGGAGGCGCUGGGAGUUAAUGAAAGUGACCUUUCACCCUCCAGUUCGGAGUUUGAAAUGCAAGGAGCAAGACCCAAGUUCACCAAGAGAAACAGCAUGGACAGCGUAGAACUGUGGAAGUACUCUUCAGAUAAGAACGGUCAAAACCAGGACUUGGAAAGUAUACCCAGGAGAUCCAAGAGUCACAUGUCGCAGCCGGGGAAGAGGAAAGGUUAUCCUGAUAGCCAGUCGUCAGACGAGCGGCCGUGGUUGGACUCUCCUGUAGAUACCGACGAUAUCACUGUGCAAGUCCCGCCUCCAGUGCCAAAGCUGGGCCGUGAUCCCUCUGAUGAAGACUGCUUCUUCGACCUCCUCAGUAAGUUCCAGAGCAGCCGCAUGGAUGACCAGCGCUGCCAUCUUGAUGAUCCUCAGAACGGAGACGGCAGGGAAGGUGCUGCGAACUCUCUGAACGAGAUGAUCGAUCCUGCUAUUACCACUUCUCCCCAGACCGAGGAGCUGUUUGAUUUGAUUGCGAGCUCUCAGAGUCGGCGUCUCGACGACCAGCGCGUUAACGUCGGUAACCUGCCAGGCCUGCGGAUUACCCAUAACAACCUGGGGCACCUGGUGGGUGAGGGAGACCACCAAGAGCCAAGCGAUGACUUCUUUAACAUGCUUAUCAAGUGCCAGUCCUCUAGAAUCGAUGAUCAGCGGUGUUCCCCGCCAGAAGCCGGCCCCCACGCUCCCACAGUGCCUGACGAAGACUUCUUCAGCCUGAUCCAGAGGGUGCAGGCCAAGCGCAUGGACGAGCAGCGCGUCCAGCUGCCCACAGACGACCAGGAAGACCCUCCGUCCCCAGAACCAGAGCCGCCCGGCGGCUUUUCCAGCUAGGACUGCGUCAAAGAAGAGAAAGAAACAAAACAGAAGGAACAACAGAAGGACGAGCCAACAUUUAAAAGACAGUACUAAAGGGUGAACUAACAAGAUUUUUAACAAGACAAAUCCCAUGUGCAAUAGCUGGUGCCCUGUUAAAUGUUGCUCCUUGUAAUAAGUUUUAAAUGUGUGUAAAUAUAAUGAGGUAAGCAAGCAGAUUUUAAGCUCCGUUAUGUGAAGAUUGAAGAACAUGCAAGUUUGUGGUGACAAGUUAAAAACAGAACUUACUUACUCAAUCGAAUGCCUUAAUCAGCGUUUUCUCCCCCCCCCCAGACUUAACGAUUGUACUCCCUGGUGUCAAAUGUGUGUUUGAAGCACACGACGGGCUGAAAGAGGAUGAAUGGAGAUGCAUGUGGAGAUCCACAGUGGUGGCUAUGGAAGUCACAAACAUUCAUUUAUUGAGAAAAAAAAUAUAAUUCAGAAAUGACAAAUUUGCACUAAAAUUUUGAGGCAUAAAUGAUAAAAUGAUGGGUUUUAGACGAAAGCCUUUGAAUUUGAAGUGUACUUUGGUCAAUGUUGCUUUUGUUUUCUUCAAUUUUGUGGCUUCCAUCGCUCAUUUUGGAAAGUGGUGUUAUCCGUGCAGUGUUAGAUUCGGUCCUCCAGUGUUGAACAACCUGCUUUGGUCUUAGUAAACAUUUCACAAAUUGAUAACCACACUCCGUUUUCGUCCACUUUGUGACAAAAUAAACUGAUUCCUUUCAACCGAGAGACUAACCGAACUCCGAGUUUCCACAUAAAAGAGAUUUCUGUGUGUUUGUGCAUUUCUGAAAAGCGUCUCUCUCUCUCACACAGUAUGCAGGGACCACGGUUACCACGGUUACUGAGCAAACAGCCGCUUACGCUUUAGAGUCCAAACUAGACUUGUGUGAUCAAUAAAAAAAAAAAACAAAAAAAAACUGGUUAAUGUUUCUGCUUGG